AUGGUCCAGGUGGUCCCUUCAUGUUCCAUCCACAACCAACGUCUCAUAUAUUUGCCCUACUACAAUGACGGCGACUUCAAGUUGAUUCAGUCAGGAGCUAUUUUGGAGUACAUUGCUGAUAGACACGGUAUGAGUGAGUUGGUUUGGGCUGUCACCGGUCAAAUCAUUCAAACUGACUUUUGCGAGGCUAUGGAUUUGCGCAUGUCCUUUGUAAUGACUUGCUAUAAUCCUGAUUUUGAGAAGUUGAAGCCCGGCUUCUUGGAGACGCUGUCACAGAAACUGCCGAACUUUGGGGCAUACUUGGGUGAGAAGGACUGGCUUACUGGUGACAAGAUCAACUAUCCGGACUUCAAUCUGUGUGAAUUGUUGAACCAGCUGAGGAAGUUCGAGCCAAGUUGUCUGGAGAUGUAUCCCAAACUGCAGUCGUACUUGACGCGUUUUGAGGUAGAUGGAUGGAGUGCUUGCGAGUGGCGGAUGUGGGUGUGGGUGUGGGUGGAGAUCUCGUCUACUGAGAUUAACUUGCCUGCAUUGAGGGAGUACAUGGCUUCGAAGGAGUUCAAGACGCGUCCUUGCAAUGCACCGAUUGCAAAAUGGUGGGCUCCAUUUGGGGCGAAGAUUCCGUUUUCUUGUCCGCGUGAGUGCACCGUGAUGGCGCCUACUUUGGGUUAUUGGGAUAUCAGAGGGCUUGCGGAACAGAGUCGACUUCUGCUGAAAUACCUGGGAGUAGAGUUUCAUGACAAACGAUACAAGUGUGGUCCAUCUCCAACUUUCGAUCGUAGUGCAUGGCUGUCGGAGAAGUACUCGCUGGAUCUCGACUUCCCUAAUUUACCCUAUUAUAUCGACGGUGAUUUCAAGUUGACUCAAUCUGGGGCUAUUUUGCAGUACAUUGGUGAUAAACACGGCAUGGUUCCCGAUUGCAAAAAGCAACGCGCGGUGCUGCACAUGCUUCAAUGCGAGGUUGUGGAUUUGCGCGUGGCGUUCGUACAUACUUGUUAUAGUCCAGAUUUUGCGAAAUUGACUCCAAAAUUCUUGGAGACCCUUGCGGAGAAGCUCCUUAACUUUGAGACAUUUUUGGGCGAAAAGGAGUGGCUUACUGGUGAAAAGAUGGGUGCAUUUCCACCUUCUAUCUACUUUUUGUGUGAGCUGCUGAACCAGCUGGCGAAGUUUGAGCCAACGUGUCUGGCGAAGUAUCCCAAACUGCAGGCCUACUUGUCACGUUUCGAGAACUUGCCUGCACUGAAGAAUUACAUGACUUCGAAGGAGUUCAAUACAAUUUCUUGCCAUGGACCAAGUGCACAUUGGCGUGGUGACCAUUAG